AAAAUGAAUGUAAAAAAACCUUCUAAUUCUUCGAAUAAACUUUGCGUGCUGUGUCUCUGUGUGGGGCGGUCUCUCAAUGUUGUCCCAGAAGACAAGAUCCUGAAAUACUACGUGGACUCUCUGCGAGAGAUACCUUUACAUAGAGUAUCAUCAGUUCUACCAGUGUGUUGGGAGUGCGAAAUACUGCUGAAGAGGGCGGUACAGCUCAGAGAGCAGGUCCAGGAUUCUCACAGGAUACUGCAAACUAACACUAAAGAGUAUAUAAACAAACAUUUACCGACUGAAGUGUCAAGGAAGUCAUGUUUGAAGACCACCAAGAACGAGCCCAUCGCGAUAUCGCCGAAACUGAAUUGUUCUAGAAGAUCAAAUGCUCGUGUACGUUUUAAAGAUGAAGCUGAAAACGAAGGAAAAACGAAGAAUCGUCGAGAAUCUUCUACCACCAACCCCCCAGACGUGAUCCAAGAAUUCAUUAGUUCUGUUGAUCACCAACAACAAGAUAACUUGGCAAACGUCAAGAGUGUGCCGAAGAGGAAACCUCAACGUCGGGCUCAGAAGAAAUCAAAGACAAAGAGUAAGAUAAGUUUGGACAAAGAGAAAUUCACCGAGUGCUUCCUCAAUGAAGUGCCGCAUGAAACGAGCGACAUUUGCAAUCCGACGGACGUACAGAUCGUGUUUAUGCAAAAUGAAGAUAUAAAUGAAAAUUCCACCGAGUGCUUCCUCAGUGAAGUGCCGCAUGAAACGAGCGACAUUUGCAAUCCGACGAAUGUACAAAUAGUGUCUGUACAAGAUGAAAAUAUAAAUGAAAAUUCCACCGAGUGCUUUCUCAAUGAAGUGCCGCAUGAAACGAGCGACAUUUGCAAUCCGACGAAUGUGCAAAUAGUGUCUUUACAAAAUGAAGAUAUAAAUGAAAACCCCACCGAGUGCUUCCUCAAUGAAGUGCCGCAUAAAACGAGCGACAUUUGCAAUCCGACGAACCUACAGAUCGUGUUUGUGCAAAACGAAGAUAUAAAUGGAAAUUCCACCGAGUGCUUCCUCAAUGAGGUGCCGCAUGAAACGAGCGACAUUUGCAAUCCGACGGACGUACAGAUCGUGUUUAUGCAAAAUGAAGAUAUAAAUGAAAAUUCCACCGAGUGCUUCCUCAGUGAAGUGCCGCAUGAAACGAGCGACAUUUGCAAUCCGACGAAUGUACAAAUAGUGUCUGUACAAGAUGAAAAUAUAAAUGAAAAUUCCACCGAGUGCUUCCUCAAUGAAGUGACGCAUGAAACGAGCGAUAUUUGCAAUCCGAUGAAUCCACAGAUCGUGUUUGUGCAAAAUGAAGAUAUAAAUGGAAAUUCCACCGAGUGCUUCCUCAAUGAGGUGCCGCAUGAAACGAGCGACAUUUGCAAUCCGACGGACGUACAGAUCGUGUUUAUGCAAAAUGAAGAUAUAAAUGAAAAUUCCACCGAGUGCUUCCUCAGUGAAGUGCCGCAUGAAAUGAGCGACAUUUGCAAUCCGACGAACGUAGAGAUCGUGUUUGUGCAAAAUGAAGAUAUAAAUGAAAAUUCCACCGAGUGCUUCCUCAAUGAAGUGCUGCAUGAAAUGAGCGACAUUUGCAAUCCGACGAACGUAGAGAUCGUGUUUGCACAAGCUGAAGAUAUAAAUGAAAAUUCUGGGCGCGUGAACCAAGAUUUGAUCAGUUCUGUUGAUCACCAACAACAAGAUGCCGUAGUAAACGCCAAGAGUGUGUUUAGGGAGAAAUUCCAACGUUGGUCUCCAAAGAAAUUGAAGACAAAGAGUAAGAUAAGCUUGGACAAAGAGAAAUUCACCACAUGCUUCGUCGAUGAUUUGCCGCGUGCAACGAGCGACAUUUGCAAUCCGACGAACGCACACAGCGUAUUUGUACAAGAUGAAGAUAAAAAUGAAAAUUCUGGCCGCGUGAACCAAGAUUUGAUCAGUUCUGUUGAUCACCAACAACAAGAUGCCUUGGUAAACGUCAGGAGUGUGCCAAAGAGGAAUUCCCAACAUAGGUCUCCAAAGAAAUUGAAGACAAACAGUAUGAAAAGUUUGGACAAAAAUAAAUUCACCGCAUGCUUCAUCAGUGAUUUGCCUUGUGUUGUGACAAGACGCAUUAAAAAACGGAAGAACCUACAGAGAGCAUUUGUACAAGUUGACGAUAAAAAUGAAAAUUCUGGCCGCGAUAUACAAAUCUCGGACGAUUGUGUAAUAGACGCGAAUUACGCUGAUGACUCUGCAGAAAAAAUGGGAUGGAAAGAAAAGAAAAAUGGCGUCCGCGAUAAACUUAGUGAAUCUAAGGGAGAUAUUGAAACCGCCUUCGAGGAUGAUGAUUUAAACGAAUAUUUACAGACCGAAGUAUCCAGUCCACCGAGUUUGAAAAUCUCCAACAACAAGCCCACCGCGAUAUCGUCGAACGCGGAUUGUUCUGGAACUCCAAAUGCUAGCGUAGACUUAAAAGAUAAAGCCAAAAACGAAGUGAACCAAGAUUUGAUCAGUUCUGUUGAUCACCAACAACAAGAUGCCUUGGUAAACGUCAGGAGUGUGCCAAAGAGGAAUUCCCAACAUAGGUCUCCAAAGAAAUUGAAGACAAACAGUAUAAUAAGUUUGGACAAAAAUAAAUUCACCGCAUGCUUGGUCAAUGAAUUGCCGCGUGCAAAGAGCGACAUUAGCAAACCGAAGAACCUACAGAGUGCAUUUGUACAAGAUGAAGAUAAAAAUGAAGAUUCUGGCCGCGAUAUUCAAAUCUCGGACGAUUGUGUAGAUGCGGACUUCGCAGAUGACUUUGUAGAAAAAAAUGGAUUUAGUGGGUCCAAGGAAGAUAUCGAAACCGCCUUCGAGGAUGACGAUUUAAAUGAAUAUUUGCAGACCGAAGUAUCCAGUCCACCGAGUUUGAAAAUCUCCAACAACAAGCCCACCGCGAUAUCGUCGAACGCGGAUUGUUCUGGAAGUCCAAAUGCUAGCGUAGACUUAAAAGAUAAAGCCAAAAACGAAGUGAACCAAGAUUUGAUCAGUUCUGUUGAUCACCAACAACAAGAUGCCUUGGUAAACGCCAGGAGUGUGCCAAAGAGGAAUUCCCAACAUAGGUCUCCAAAGAAAUUGAAGACAAACAGUAUAAUAAGUUUGGACAAAAAUAAAUUCACCUCAUGCUUGGUCAAUGAAUUGCCGCGUGCAAAGAGCGACAUUAGCAAACCGAAGAACCUACAGAGUGCAUUUGUACAAGAUGAAGAUAAAAAUGAAGAUUCUGGCCGCGGUGAGUAUAGCGAUGAUAUUCAAAUCUCGGACGAUUGUGUAGAUGCGGACUUCGCAGAUGACUUUGUAGAAAAAAAUGGAUUUAGUGGGUCCAAGGAAGAUAUCGAAACCGCCUUCGAGGAUGACGAUUUAAAUGAAUAUUUGCAGACCGAAGUAUCCAGUCCACCGCGUUCAAAAAUCACCAACAACAAGCCCACCGCGAUAUCGUCGAACGCGGAUUGUUCUGGAAGUCCAAAGGCUAGCGUAGACUUAAAAGAUAUAGCCAAAAACGAAGUGAACCAAGAUUUGAUCAGUUCUGUUGAUCACCAACAACAAGAUGCCUUGGUAAACGCCAGGAGUGUACCAAAGAGGAAUUCCCAACAUAGGUCUCCAAAGAAAUUGAAGACAAACAGUAAAAUAAAUUUGGACAAAAAUAAAUUCACCGCAUACUUCAUCGGUGAUUUGCCUUGUGUAACGAGACGCAUUAAAAAACGGAAGAACCUACAGAGAGCAUUUGUACAAGAUGACGAUAAAAAUGAAAAUUCUGGCCGCGAUAUACAAAUCUCGGACGAUUGUGUAAUAGACGCGGAUUACGCUGAUGACUCUGCAGAAAAAAUGGGAUGGAAAGAAAAGAAAAAUAGCGUCCCCAAUAAAUUUAGUGGACGUAACGGAGAUAUUGAAACUGCCUUCGAGGAUGAUGAUUUAAACGAAUAUUUACAGACCGAAGUAUCCAGUCCACCGAGUUUGAAAAUCUCCAACAACAAGCCCACCGCGAUAUCGUCGAACGCGGAUUGUUCUGGAAGUCCAAAUGCUAGCGUAGACUUAAAAGAUAAAGCCAAAAACGAAGUGAACCAAGAUUUGAUCAGUUCUGUUGAUCACCAACAACAAGAUGCCUUGGUAAACGCCAGGAGUGUGCCAAAGAGGAAUUCCCAACAUAGGUCUCCAAAGAAAUUGAAGACAAACAGUAUAAUAAGUUUGGACAAAAAUAAAUUCACCUCAUGCUUGGUCAAUGAAUUGCCGCGUGCAAAGAGCGACAUUAGCAAACCGAAGAACCUACAGAGUGCAUUUGUACAAGAUGAAGAUAAAAAUGAAGAUUCUGGCCGCGAUAUUCAAAUCUCGGACGAUUGUGUAGAUGCGGACUUCGCAGAUGACUUUGUAGAAGAAAAUGGAUUUAGUGGGUCCAAGGAAGAUAUCGAAACCGCCUUCGAGGAUGACGAUUUAAACGAAUAUUUACAGACCGAAGUAUCCAGUCCACCGCGUUUGAAAAUCUCCAACAACAAGCCCACCGCGAUAUCGUCGAACGCGGAUUGUUCUGGAAGUCCAAAUGCUAGCGUAGACUUAAAAGAUAUAGCCAAAAACGAAGUGAACCAAGAUUUAACCAGUUCUGUUGAUCACCAACAACAAGAUGCCUUGGUAAACGCCAGGAGUGUGCCAAAGAGGAAUUCCCAACAUAGGUCUCCAAAGAAAUUGAAGACAAACAGUAUGAAAACUUUGGACAAAAAUAAAUUCACCGCAUACUUCAUCGGUGAUUUGCCUUGUGUAACGAGACGCAUUAAAAAACGGAAGAACCUACAGAGAGCAUUUGUACAAGAUGACGAUAAAAAUGAAAAUUCUGGCCGCGAUAUACAAAUCUCGGACGAUUGUGUAAUAGACGCGGAUUACGCUGAUGACUCUGCAGAAAAAAUGGGAUGGAAAGAAAAGAAAAAUAGCGUCCCCGAUAAAUUUAGUGGACGUAACGGAGAUAUUGAAACUGCCUUCGAGGAUGAUGAUUUAAACGAAUAUUUACAGACCGAAGUAUCCAGUCCACCGAGUUUGAAAAUCUCCAACAACAAGCCCACCGCGAUAUCGUCGAACGCGGAUUGUUUUGGAAGUCCAAAUGCUAGCGUAGACUUAAAAGAUAAAGCCAAAAACGAAGUGAAACAAGAUUUAAUCAGUUCUGUUGAUCACCAACAACAAGAUGCCUUGGUAAACGCCAGGAGUGUGCCAAAGAGGAAUUCCCAACAUAGGUCUCCAAAGAAAUUGAAGACAAACAGUAUAAUAAGUUUGGACAAAAAUAAAUUCACCUCAUGCUUGGUCAAUGAAUUGCCGCGUGCAAAGAGCGACAUUAGCAAACCGAAGAACCUACAGAGUGCAUUUGUACAAGAUGAAGAUAAAAAUGAAGAUUCUGGCCGCGGUGAGUAUAGCGAUGAUAUUCAAAUCUCGGACGAUUGUGUAGAUGCGGACUUCGCAGAUGACUUUGUAGAAAAAAAUGGAUUUAGUGGGUCCAAGGAAGAUAUCGAAACCGCCUUCGAGGAUGACACCGAAGUAUCCAGUCCACCGCGUUCAAAAAUCACCAACAACAAGCCCACCGCGAUAUCGUCGAACGCGGAUUGUUCUGGAAGUCCAAAGGCUAGCGUAGACUUAAAAGAUAUAGCCAAAAACGAAGUGAACCAAGAUUUAACCAGUUCUGUUGAUCACCAACAACAAGAUGCCUUGGUAAACGCCAGGAGUGUGCCAAAGAGGAAUUCCCAACAUAGGUCUCCAAAGAAAUUGAAGACAAACAGUAUGAAAAGUUUGGACAAAAAUAAAUUCACCGUAUACUUCAUCGGUGAUUUGCCUUGUGUAACGAGACGCAUUAAAAAACGGAAGAACCUCCAGAGAGCAUUUGCACAAGAUGACGAUAAAAAUGAAAAUUCUGGCCGCGAUAUACAAAUCUCGGACGAUUGUGUAAUAGACGCGGAUUACGCUGAUGACUCUGCAGAAAAAAUGGGAUGGAAAGAAAAGAAAAAUGGCGUCCGCGAUAAACUUAGUGAAUCUAAGGGAGAUAUUGAAACCGCCUUCGAGGAUGAUGAUUUAAACGAAUAUUUACAGACCGAAGUAUCCAGUCCACCGAGUUUGAAAAUCUCCAACAACAAGCCCACUGCGAUAUCGUCGAACGCGGAUUGUUCUGGAAGUCCAAAUGCUAGCGUAGACUUAAAAGAUAAAGCCAAAAACGAAGUGAACCGAGAUUUGAUCAGUUCUGUUGAUCACCAACAACAAGAUGCCUUGGUAAACGCCAGGAGUGUGCCAAAGAGGAAUUCCCAACAUAGGUCUCCAAAGAAAUUGAAGACAAACAGUAUGAAAAGUUUGGACAAAAAUAAAUUCACCUCAUGCUUGGUCAAUGACUUGCCGCGUGCAAAGAGCGACAUUAGCAAACCGAAGAACCUACAGAGUGCAUUUGUACAAGAUGAAGAUAAAAAUGAAGAUUCUGGCCGCGAUAUUCAAAUCUCGGACGAUUGUGUAAAAGACGCGGACUUCGCUGAUGAAUUUUUAGCAAAAAUUGGAUUGACGAGAAAGAAAAAUAGCGUCCGCGAUAAAUUUAGUGGAUCUAAGGGAAAUAUUGAAACCGCCUUCAAGGAUAACACCGAAGUAUCCAGUCCGCCGCGUUUGAAAAUCACCAACAACAAGCCCACCGCGAUAUCGUCGAAUGCGGAUUGUUCUGGAAGUCCAAAUGUUAGCGUAGAUUUAAAAGAUAAAACCAAAAACGAAGUGAAGCAAGCUUUCAUUAGUACUGUUGAUCACCAACAACAACAUACCUUGGUAAACGUCAGGAGUGUGCCUCGCAAGAGGCAAUCCCGAUAUUGUUCUCCAGAGAAAUUAAAGAAAAAUAAAGAAAGAAAUAAAAGAAACAAGAUAGCUUUGACCAAACAGAAAUUCACCCUAUGCUUCAUCAAUGAAUUGCCGCGUGCAACGAGCGACAUUAAAAAACCGUCGAAACUACAGAGUGGAUUAGUACAAGAUGAAGAUAAAAAUGAAAAUUCUGGCCGCGAUAUUCAAAUGUCGGACGAUUGUGUAAUGGACCCGGACUUCUCUGAUGACUCUGGAGAAGAAAUGGGAUUCAAUCCCAUCCCAUCAGAAAAGAAAAGUAGCGAUAAAUUUAGGGGAUCUAAGGGAGAUAAUGAAACCGCCUUCAAGGAUAACACCGAAGUAUCCAGUCCGCCGCGUUUGAAAAUCACCAGCAACAAGCCCACCGCGAUAUCGUCGAAUGUGGAUUGUUCUGGAAGUUCAAAUGUUAGUGUAGACUUAAAAGAUAACGAAGUGAACCAAGAUUUGAGCAGUUCUGUUGAUCACCAACAACAAGAUGCCUUGGUAAACGUCAGGAGGGUGCCUAAGAAGAAAUCCCAACAUAGUUCUCCAAAGAAAUUGAAGACAAACAGUAUGAAAAGUUUGGACAAAAAUAAAUUCACCCUAUGCUUCAUCAAUGAAUUGCCGCGUGCAACGAGCGACAUUAAAAAACCGUCGAAACCACAGAGUGGAUUAGUACAAGAUGAAGAUAAAAAUGAAAAUUCUGGCCGCGAUAUUCAAAUGUCGGACGAUUGUGUAAUGGACCCGGACUUCUCUGAUGACUCUGGAGAAGAAAUGGGAUUCAAUCCCAUCCCAUCAGAAAAGAAAAGUAGCGAUAAAUUUAGGGGAUCUAAGGGAGAUAAUGAAACCGCCUUCAAGGAUAACACCAAAGUAUCCAGGCUGUCGCAUUUGAAAAUCACUAAGAACAUGUCCAUCGCGAUACCGCCGAGAAACAGUAGAAUAAGCUUAAACGAAAAGAAAUUCACCGUAUGCUACAUCACUGAUUUGCCGCGUGCAACGAGCGACUUUAGCAAACCGACAAACACAGAGAUCAUGUUUGUACAACAUGAAUAUAAAAAUGAAAAUUCUGACCGCGAUAUUAGAAUCUCGGACGAUUGUGUCAUAGACGCGGACUUCAUCGAUGACUCUGCAGAAAAUUUGGGAUCUAAAUUUUGGGGAUUUCAAGGAGAUAUUGAAACCGCCUUCGAGGAUGACGCUGAAGUGUCCAGGCUGUCGCGUUUGGAAAUCAGCCAGAACGAGUACAUCGAGAUUUUACCGAAUGUGGAUUGUUCUGGAAGUCCAAAUGUUAGCGCAGAUUUAAAAGAUAAAGCCAAUAACGAAGUGAUCGAAGACUUCAUCGGUUCUGUUGAACAAGAACGAGAAGAAGAUACCUUGGUAUACGUCAAGAGUGCGGCUGCGAACGGUAAUCGGUGGACUCAAAAGAUAAUAAAAAGAAAUAGUAAGAUAAGCUUGGACAAAAAGAAAUUCACCGAGUGCUUCCUCAAUGGUGUGCCGCAUGCAAUGACGGACCUGCAUAGCGUAUUUGUAAAAGAAGAAUUUAAAAUUGAAAAAUCUGACAGCGAUAUUCAAAUGUCGGACGAGUGUCCAAUGGACGCGGACUUCGCUGUUGACGUUGCAGAAAAAAAUGGAUUAAGUGAAUCUGAGGGAGAUAGUGAAACAGCCAACGAGGAUGAUAUAUUCACCGGGUGCCUCCUCAAUGAAGUGCCGUAUACAACGAGUGAUAUUUGCAAUCAGACUGACCUAGACCUAGAAUUAUUUGUAAAAGAUGAAGUUAAAAGUGAACAUUCUGACAGCGAUAAUGAUAUCUCGGACGAGUGUCCCAUAGACGCGGACCUCGCUUUUGACGUUGCAGAAAAAAAUGGAUUAAGUGAAUCUGAGGGAGAUAUUGAAACCGCCUUCGAGGAUGACAAAUUCUCCGAGUGCUUCCUCAAUGAAGUGUCAUAUGCAACCAGCAGCACUCGCAAUCGGAAGGACCUGCAGAGCGUGUUCGUAAAGGAUGAAGUUAAAAAUGAAAAUUCUGACAGCGAUAUUCAAAUGUCGGACGAUUGUGUAAUGGACCCGGACUUCUCUGAUGACUCUGGAGAAGAAAUGGGAUUGAAAGAAAAGAAAAAUAGCGAUAAAUUUAGUGGAUCUAAGGGAGAUAUUGAAACCGCCUUCAAGAAUAACAAAAUUCAGAACAUGAGCGAUACGGGGGGCAUACCAUUGAAUGUGAAUAUUGAAGACAAUGCAACAUUGGAUUUGCAGUUUGAUUGUCUGAAAGUGGAGAUUGACAAUGGGCGGUCGCGCGAUGAGGCCGGGAGCGGGAUUGAUCCGGGGACUGCGAUGCACGAUCACCCAUCGGCCAAAGUCCCGGGCACGUUGAAGAGGAAGACCAAACGUUGCCCGGCGAAGAAGACGAAGAAAGCGAAAGGCGUCAAAGGAAACGGUGUAAACAAAAAGGUGAAAGGAUCAGAAGAGAAGCUUUAUACUACGAUCGAGCUUACGCACGAGCAGAUGCUCGACGAGAGGAACGCCGCUCACGGCUCCGAGAGCUUCCAAAGUUCGGCCUACAAAUGCGAAACUUGCAUUCUCGGCUUUCAGUACCGGCGGCCUUACGAAGCUCAUCUAAACUCUAGACACGCAAAGACCCUCGGCGAUUACGUAUGUCCUAUAUGCAAGACGGUGGUGAUGUCCGUGGACUCUUUCACGGCGCAUUACAGACGUCACAUGAGAAGGUUCCAGUGCAACUUGUGCGAGAAGAGAACCAUAGACAGGGGCCGUAUCAAGCAGCAUCUGUAUACGGAACACGGGGUCGUGAUGUCGACGAUCAAGUGUAAGCAGUGCGGGCACGUUUCCCGCUCCUUAGACAACCACAUACACCACUUGGACACGCACAAGGGAAGGUUCAAAUGCAAAGAGUGCACCAAAACCUUCAAACACAGAGGGGGACUGAAGAAUCAUGCGAUCGCGGUGCACGAACUCAAGAAUAACUUCCCGUGCAGCGUGUGUCAGAAGGUGUUCCGCUGGAAGAACAGCCUGAAGAGGCACACGGAGGUGCAUCUAGCCAAGGACACUACAGAGGCGGCCUACUGUGAAUCCUGUGGUAUAGGGUUCAAGUCGGUAUGCUCAUUUCAAAGACACAUGAAGAAUAGCUUGAAGCACGUGACACACGAUCAACGGAAAUACGUGUGCGAUCAUUGCAACCGAAGAUUCAUAGACAAGACGAAACUCCGAGAUCACAUUGAAUGUAAGCACAUGCAUAAGACGUACCAGUGCCACAUAUGUUUGAAGCCAUCUAAGAACAGAGUGAAUCUAGAUCAGCACAUAAGGAACGUGCACAAAGGGCGACCGAAUAAUAAAAUAUGCCAUCAUUGUGGCAAAGGAUUUCCGACCAAAGUCCAGCUCGACUCGCACAUGCGUACGCACACGGGAGAGCGUCCCUUCAUAUGCGAGUAUUGCCCGACCACGUUCACACAGAAAUCGAAUCUAUACAAGCAUUACAAACAGGUACACCUCAAUAUAAAAUCGAAGAGGUAUCCGCCGGUCAAGAAACCGAAAGACGCGCUAAACUGCCAACCGUCCAUCGGGGGGUUCGAGAGAAUCAAUGGCACGACGUACCCGCCCGAAAGAGGUCUCGUGCCGUGCUGAUUGAUGUGUUCGAGGCAAGUGAAGGAGUUAGAUGGUAUACUUCUUUCAGGCGACCCCCCCCCCCAAUCCCACUCUAUGUGGGGUCGGCGCGGUCCGCUCAUGCUACACAAGCAUCCGGCAUGACUUGUCGACGACCGGACGCCUGCCCCAAGUCGAUCCCCCCGGGUAAUGUCUCCAAUAGUUCGUCCACCCCAACGUGCGAUGAGGAGGGACCGUUGAUGAUACGUAUUCUAUCAAUAAUAAUCAUAAUAUCGUUUGUAAUACUCAUUUAGUUUCAAAAACCUGUUACAAGACUGAAAUAUAAUUUAUUGAUUUUAAAUUAAAAUAUGAAGAUAUAAUACACUGGGUGUUAGGAGACCGCUUCCGAAAACGAAGACAGACGAUAAUACUAAUGACGCAUUUGAUGAUGGAAUGGAAAAAAACGAUAUUGAUUUAAUAAAUAAAAAAUGUUUUUAAAACAUUUUAUUAGCAUUAUUUACGCUCCAUAAUGUUAGUACAGCUAAAUGAAACAGUUGUUUCAUAAAAAAUACAUUACUUGAAAAAAAAACCCAGCAAUGAAACACAAAAUUAAAAACAGCUGAUGCUCGGGUCAACGGCCGCCCGGGCGCGACGCGGCGCAGACUCGCGCGAUCACACAAAUACUUAUUUACAACAUUUGUCUAAAUAACUAUAAUUAGUAGUACUAUUGUUUGUCUUCGUUUUCGGAAGCGGUCUUCUAACAGCCAGUAUACCUAAUAUGACGUAUUUAUUAUUACUAGAGGUCCCGCAGUAGUCGAAAUUCGACUAUAAUUAAUUGGAAUUGUGAGUUUGUACACUAUUAAGAUUGUAUUUUAUACUUCUAUAAUCACAAAUUUCGCCAAGACUACAUUAUAAAAAAUAUUAACAAAGACAAACAAUAUUUAAUCUAUUCUCAAUUUGACAACAGACGUCAAGAACAAAAGUUUGACAAUAAAUAGUAUGCAUGCGUGUGUGCGUCAAAUACAUGGUAUGUAGUUGUGUAAUGUUUUCUUUAUUGAUUUAAUGUAUCUUUUAUGCAUUAUUUAAAAAACAUAUUAGCAUUGUGCACGUCUUCUCUAUAUUCUCUAUAAUUAUGGAAAAUUUCAUACUCCUCCGUCCGCGCCAUUUUCGUAAAAAGGGAUACAAAGUUUUUGCUUCACGUAUUAAUAUAUAGAUUAUUUUUAUUUUUCAUUCGCAUACUAAAAAUUGUGUACUGAUGUAUAUUUGGUAUAUCAAGGGGUGAACGCCUAUUUGGCUUAAGCUACAUUUUUGCAACAUUACACGAGAGCCAUUAAGGGUUUAAAAUUUGGAAAGAAUAUCAUGACAAAAAAAACUAAUUCAACUAUAUUUUGAUUAGAUAAAGUUAAUUGAAGUUUAACUAAAGACAACGAACUGUUGAUGCCAAUAUGACCUAAUAAUACCAGAUGCCAAAAUUGGCGGUAAUAAUACCAAAUAAAAUGCACCUUUAAUUACAAAGAUAAUUGUCGCGUGUUAAGCGAAAUGUCACGUAAACCAAAUAGCCUUUCAGCCCUCAAUAUAUAAAUAUAUUUACUGGUGGUAGAACCUUUUGUGAGUCGGCACGGGUAGGUACCACCACCCCUGCCUAUUUCUGACGUGAAGCAGUAAUGCGUUUCAGUUUGAAGGGCGGGGCAGCCGUUGUAACUAUACCUGAGACCUUAGAACUUAUAUCUCAAGGUGGGUGGCGCAUUUACGUCGUAGACGUCUGUGGGCUCCAGUAACCACUUAACACCAGGUGGGCUGUGAGCUCGUCUACACAUGUAAGCAAUAUUUUAUAUUUGUUAUUGGAUGUUCGUGUUGUUAUAAUAUCUGACAGACAUAAGUGAAUGUGGAUAUGGUACCUACUGUAAGCCGACCUAGUUGUGAAUUCGAUUCCAAUGUCCAUAAGAGGGCGGCGACAUUCCUAAUUCUCACUUAAGAUCAAAUGUGACGUGAACACGUUCAACUGUCUAUGGGAAAAAAGGGAUCACAGCCUACCCGCGUAGGUACCACCAUUCCCCCUAUUUCUGCCGUGAAGCAGUUAGCUUGGGGGAGGGGGGGGGGGGGCAGCCGUUUUACUAAAGACUUAGAACUCGUGUCUCAUGAUUGGUGACACGGCAAUCAAGUGGUUGAUAUCUAUGGUCUCCGGUAACAUAAAAACCAGGUGGGUUGAAAUUGUGCAAUACAAUAUUUAGAUAGACAUAAAUAUGUAUAUAUCGAGGGGUGAAAGGCGAUUUGGCUUAAGCGACAUUUAUCUUUGUAAUUAAAGGAGCGUUUUAUUUGAUAUCAGCAUCAACAGUUCGAUGUUUUUAAUUUGAACUUCAAUUAAGUUUGCUCCAUUCAAAUAGUUGAAGUUUUCUUCUCGAGAUAUUUUUUCCAAAAUUUUAAACUUUAAAAAGUUCUCUCUCUCCUGUAUACUUUCAAAAAUAUUGCUUAAACCAAAUAUUGCUUAAAUAAAAUUUCAGCCCUCGAUAAGUUGUCCCUUGUCCCGAGAGUUUAUUAGAAAGAUCGAGAAAAAAAAACCAACAUUUUUGUACUAAAAAUUGUAUUUUAUUCCUCUUAAUAGGUACAAUAAGGCACUUAUAUUAAUAAUUAUUGUUUAUAAAUUCGUCUAUAUAUAUGUUUAUAAAUUAUGUGGUGAAACUUAAAAAUAAAUUCAAUAAAAUUUGGUAAACUAAAAAACUAUUUGAACAACAUUGUAUGUAUGUAUAAUUAAAAUUUGUACGUAAA